AUGAGUACAUGUGGCGGCACUGUCCAUAUAUUUCAGUCUGUUUUUUUCUCUAUCUAUCUAUCUAUCUAUCUAUCUAUCUAUCUAUCUAUCUAUCUAUCUAUCUAUCUAUCUCAUUCCGAUCAUACCUACUUCAUUCUGCUCAUUAUCUAUCGAUCUCAUACUGAUCAUAUCAAUCUCGCUUUCUCUCGAUUUAUCUAUCAUCUAUUUCUAUACCAUUUUGUUCAUAUCUAUCUACCUCUCUCUGUCUACUUCUAUCUAUUUACCUCUGUCUAUCUACCUCUCCCUCUCUAUCUAUCUAUCUAUCUAUCUAUCUAUCUAUCUAUCUAUCUAUCUAUCUUCUUAUUUCUUGACAAAAAUAGCUCUCUCUCUCUCUCUCUGUGUGUGUGUAUUUCAUUUUCUUCGUAUAUACCUAUCUCUAAUCAUAUCAGUCUAAUCGGUCUAUCUUUACCUCUAUCGAUAUCUCUCUAA